AUGGCUCCUUUCGUUUUCGGUGGGACUAGUAUGAAAGGCUCUCCCAAACAGAAAGCUGUGAGAAAUAAGACCACCGGCCCUCCUGUGAAACCAGCUUACCUUCCUCCAUGUAGGGUGUGUCAAAGCCCAGCUUCAGGAAUACACUAUGGGAUUGUCACAUGUGAAGCGUGCAAGGGGUUCUACCGACGUAACAGCAUGCAAGAAAACCCUUACACGUGUCGACAAAGUGGGAACUGUGACCUGACUCGGAACAGAAGAUGCUGUUCCCACUGUAGAUUUAACAAGUGUGUUGCUGUAGGCAUGUCCAAACAAGAUAUUCGUAUUGGACGUUAUACCCUGCAAACGAGAACGACACACACCCUUGAGGUUCGGAAGCUGAGCGCGGAAUGGGCGUCUACUUCCAAAGAAGAAGACUUGUGCUCUAACCAUAAAGCAUCAGAAUGGAGUUUGGUGGACACUAUGUCUGAAGAUAUCGCCGACAGCAUGGAGCUGCAAUGUGAACUGACAAUGGAAAUGGAGAAAAACGUUUGUCAGUACAUCCAGUUCAUCAAGUCUGUGCCUGGCUUCAACGAUUUAUCUUCCAAUGACAGAGAACAACUCAUCAAAAAUGGUCGACUGGAGUUUCUCGUGUUGGAGCAGUUUCCUGGUUACAACAGAGAGCUGAAUGUGGCAUCGAUAUCAAUGUCGCUGUGCUAUCGAGCUGACACGUUGAGCAGGAUAUGGGGCAAGGAAUACAUGGCCAAACUGUUUGUGAUUGCUACUUCUUUAAAACGGAUGAAUCUCUCUUUGACCGAAUUGGUGUUGGUCGAAGGGAUGUGUGUGAUAAGUGCAGACCGCUGUGCCCUGGACGAACCAAGUAAAGUAGAUUCUAUCCGAUGGGGAAUUGUGGAAGCUCUGAUUCACCACAUGAAGAAAAGACACAGAAAGCCAUUGGCAAGAUUUGCCAAGAUCAUUGACCGUGUCACGAUUCUACGAGAACUUUGUGAACUGGAUCAUAAAACAGCGACCGACCUCUCCCAAUGGCAUUUUAUGCAACAAAGUCAACUACUCAUGGAAGUAUAUGAUUUGUGA